CGCCACAACAGUUGGAAACCCAAUAGCGAGCGUCCUGCUUCUAUCUAGCCUUCGUGGUAAAUAGAAUAAGAUUACAUAGAGAUAAUUUUACAUUGAAUUAUUUUGCAACAUAAAUAUAUUUAAUAUUGAUAUAUUUGCAUAGAAAUCUAGUUAAGAGAGUUGAGUUGUAUGUUGGUAGAGUAUUAUGCAUAGAGAAGUAAAAAGUACGCUUCUAACCAGAAAAUUUAUCUUUGACAAAAUUCAAAUAAAUUCUUGAUGACUGCAGCUGAGCAUUUUAUUAGUUUAGUAACUGUAGCGAGCGCGAAAAAACUUGCUGCUUUUUUAGUUAUUUGUUUUAUCUUCUACCAUGGGAUGAUACAUUUAAUUUAUGGUAGUGAUUCCUGUAAAUGGUUAUUAAAGGAAGGUCGAUAUAAAGGAGACAGAGAAUGGCAACCUUACGGUUGCAUGAUGCAUCACUAUACGCAAACAGACAGCAGAAGGUGUUUCCGAUAUUUAGCGUUUAUGCGCCACAAAAAUCAUUUUGUAUUUAUCGGAGAUGCACGUACUCGGCAGCUGUGCAAAUCUUUUAUUUCACAGUUUACAGUUGAUGGAAAAGGAUUAGAUUCCACAGAUGUACUUCAAGCAGCGAAUUUAAAUUUUAAAGAUGCUAAAUUAAAGCUAGAAGUUCAAUUUCUAUGGCGGCCACAGCUGAAUAUAUCAAUGAUCAAUGAUUUUCAAAACUGGAUGAAUGGAGAUGCUCCAUCAAUGAUAAUUGCCGGUUGUGGAGCUUUUGAUAUUCUUACAAGCAAUGCAAGUGAUACUAAUUUGUAUACAAAUUAUAGUUCUGGGCUUAUUAAACUCGUUCGACCAGCUGAGGUAUUGGCAAAGAAAGGCACGCAGUUUCUUUGGAUGUUGCAGGACCCCAUAGUCAAUGAAAAUUUACCAGCUUAUCUUGCUAGUAUUGAUAACAAACAGAUAAAUAUCUGUAACAAAGCAGCGGUUAAAGUAUUGAUGAACAGUAAAGCUCAUUUAUGGGAAAGUAGUAAAUUAAUAGGGCAAGGAGUCUUAGAACAAAGUCCUGAUGGAUAUUUAUCGAGUCCACUUUCUCUACGGCACAAAGUGCAAAUUUUGUUAAAUACCUAUUGCAAUGAUUACAUGAAUUUUGAUGACGGAACUUGCUGCAGUAAUCUGGAAGUUACAACAACAUUACAGCUCGUUACUCUUUUGACUCUGAUGUUUUGGAUUAUAAUUGGAGCAAGCUUAUGGCUUUAUAAAAAAGUAUGUUAUAAAAAAGCUGAGGCGUUAUAUUUAAGAGUUGCCUCUGACGAAAUUGGGAGAACAGUCGAUUCGAAUGCAUCGGAAGUUGCACAAAAUGAAUCACCCCAACAAGAUUUUUAUACGUUGAUUACAUCUUUGGCAAUAUUUUCAUGUAUUUUAGCAUAUUUUUAUUUAUGUGAUCGAACAAAUUUUUUUAUGAAAGAAAAUAAAUAUUAUAGUGAGUUUAGUUUUUGGUUGCCACUGGGAUAUAUUUUGGCUCUAGGUCUUUUUUUUACUGAAGACUGUGAAAGAGGCCCUCGAGCUCUUAAUAGAGAGCAAACAGAUGAGUGGCGAGGUUUAAUGCAGUCAGUCGUUUUAAUAUAUCACGUGACAGGAGCAAAAAAUGUUUUGCCUAUAUACAUGCACUUAAGAUUAAUUAAUUCUGCGUACUUAUUUCUUUCUGGAUAUGGACAUUUUUGCUAUUUUUGGCAGACAGGGGAUGUUUCACUCGUACGUUUUGCAAGAGUUCUUUUCCGUUUAAAUUUACUUACCGUUUUACUCUGUCUUUUAAUGAAUCAGCCUUACCAGUUUUAUCAUUUUGUACCACUUGUAUCUUUUUGGUUUUUAAUUGUGUACAUUUUAGCUUGGUUACCACCCAGAGUUCACUCAGGAAGCUUAGCUGAAUAUGGUUCGCGUGCAUUAUUUUAUUUAGCAUUGAAGCUUCUAGGACUUGUUUCAGUGAUAACUAUCCUCUAUAUGUCCGAGGUUUUUUUUGAAAAAGUUUUUGUUACAAGACCAUGGAAAGCUCUUUUCGUAACGACUGAUGAUGAUAUCCGGGAGUGGUGGUCUCGUUGGAGAGUUGAUAGAUACAGUGUGGCUUUUGGGAUAGCUUUUGGAGGAGGACUUUUAGCUCUUCAACGGAUUGAUCACAUUCCUGGCAAUGCUCUAACUCCUUUAAUAGCGCUUAUUUCACUUGCAGCUUAUACAGCGUUUACGUUAUUAUGUGUAUCUGUUUCUGAAUGCGAAGAAAUUCAUUCUUACAUCGUAUUUAUACCGAUUAUUGGAUACAUUAUAUUAAGGAAUUCUUCACUCGCUCUAAAAGGAAGGUAUUCUGUACUUUUAGCAGGACUUGGGAAAAUAAGUUUAGAAACUCUCGUCGGACAAGGACAUGUUUGGCUUGCCGCCGACACUCAUGGAGUUCUUGUGCUCCUUCCAAGAUUUCCAGUUCUUAAUUUACUCAUUACUUCUUUCAUUUUUAUAUGUGCUAGUCAUGAGAUUCAUGAGUUAACACUUAUUCUUGCGCAAUAUGCAGUUCCCAAUGAUUGGAGAUUAGUGGCUCGUAAUUUUUUAGUAUUCACUGCAGUCUUAGUUCCCAUUGGUAUUCAUGAUGGAAUGUUUUGAUGUAAUUUUAUUUUUUAUAAUAUAAAAAUUACUGAUUUUUCUGAGAAUUUUCGCAAAAAUACUCCUCAUACGUGUAAAAAGAAACUUUUAUAUUUUACCAAAAAAAAAUUUUAAUUCAUACAAAUAAUAAGAGCAAAAUGUUCAAUUCUUUGUUGUUUCAUGUUUUAUAAUAAUUGAUCUAAAUCUAACCAAAAAAAAUUGUCUGACAACAAGAAUGGAAGAUUCAUGGACAUGAUAAAUAGUCUAUCAUUUGCGCAAUCGCACGCUCUGUCGAUAUCUAUGAUUUUCAUUAAAGUCGGUUAACAGGCAGAUAGACCAUAGUGGUGAAAAUGGUUGACUUGGCAUCAGUAAGUCAUAGAAUGGAUAUUCAACACAAAAUAGAUAAAUUAAUCAAAUAUAUAAACAGAGCCUGCAGUUUUAUUUACACUGAGAGAAAAAUGCAUAGUAGCCCGAACUACAACGUUACAAGUAUUAAAUAUUAGUUCUGUGAACUAGUUUUUGUAGUCACUGGUACUACACGGUAGUACUCAAAACUAAUAUACAAAAUAACAACACCAACUAUUCUUUGCGAACAAUAUUUACCUGGUUACAACAAUUAUAAAAAAAUUGUCUUCGCUACUUAAGAUGUAAUUGUAAUAAUAACUACGUUUUAUAGUUUGUGUCAACAAAUUAAAAUAGUUUUAGUAACUACUUCGGCUUAAUCAAUGUUGAGUAGUUGAUAUAACUUGGAAAAGAAGUUAUUGCAAGCAGUAUUCCCGGGAAAAAAUGUUCAGACAUGAUCAUGUAUGAUUAAUCCUGAAAUUAGACAUGAUCAUGUCUGUUCAUGUCUGAUAUCAGAUAUGGCCAUGCCUGUUCAUGCGUGUUCACGCAUGAUCAUGUCUGAAGCGUUGAAUACAUUCAGGCCUGAUGAUGUCUGUUCAUGUCUGAUGUCAGAUAUGAUCAUGCCCGUUCAUGCAUGAUCAUGCCUGAAACGUUAAAUACUUCAGGCCUGAUCAUGUAUGACCGUGCUGGUUCAUGUCUGACUAAGCAUAAACAGACAUGAUCAUGUGUGAGGCGUUAAAUAUGUUCAGAACUGAUCAUGCAUGACGUCAAUGCUAGCUUGAUAAGAAGCUAGCAUUGUAUCAAUUUUCUUAGAUCCAAAUAAAGCACUUAAUUCCGUACACCGGCAUUAAAUUGGCACUUAAUUAGCAUUGAAUUAAUAAACGAAAAUCAUGCGAUUCUGCUCAAAUGAUAAUGCUAGCUUUACAGACGUCAUACGCCUCGUAUUGAUAAAGUCCAUUCUAGUUUUGCUCGAUCAAGAGAAAUCCAGUCUGAAAAAUAAAAUCAUCGAAGCUCCGUCACGCUAAGACCCGACUUUGAGAUUUAAUUUUAAUUUUUACUACUUUAAUCUACAAACGGUGUACUGCGAAAUAUUACAAAAAAUUAAUUAGAUUAAAAAAUUUAUUUAUUGCAGGCAAUUUCUUUACGUAUUUAUAUAAAUACACUGGUCCCAAAAAUUAAAGGAUAUAAAAAAAAUUCUAAAUUUUUGGGUGAUUUUCAACAUGCUAUAACUCGGCGAAAAAUGGUCGAAGAAAAAAAUUAAAAAAAGCAAAUUGUAGCCUCAAGUCUCUAGUUUCUAGAUCUGGACCUCAAAUUUUUUAUCAUGCACGGUUCCAGAGUAAUCUUAAGAAAUCCGACGAAAAAAAAAUAUUCAAAAUUUUUGCUCGUCUUUCAACAAAUCUAUGGACUUCAAUAAAUUUUUUUGGAUGAUCUAACUUUAUGACUCUUUUACGAAAUUUUAUGCCCUUUAAUUUGGUGGCCUCAAAAAGUCUCUUCGACGAUUUCGCGCCGAGUUAUCAUUGAUCAAAGCAAAAAAGUCCAUUUUGGCUUUGAUAAUCAAUAACUUCGACAUAUUGGUCAUACAGAGAAUGGAAGUAGGGUUUUGAAAACUGGAAAACAUUCUCUAUAAGACAAAAUUAUUGGGUUUUGAUAGAAAAAUUUUUUUAGGAUAGACGGUGUGGUUUAAUAAGUUAUAGAUCAAAUUGAACGGAAUAUAGUAUAGUGCCGAAUAACUCAACUGGUAGAGCACUCAGCGCGAUAGCGACAUGGUCUGGGUUCGAUUCCCAGUUCGGGCUAUCUAUAUUUUUCUCAAUUUAUCUAUAAAUUGUCUUAUUGAAAAAGUUUGCAUCAAUAUGUAGCUCAGUAAGUUAUAGAUCAAAUUGAACGGAAUAUAGUAUAGUGCCGGAUAGCUCAACUGGUAGAGCACUCGUCGCGAUACUAACAUGGUCUGGGUUCAAUUCCCAGUUCGGGCUAUCUCUAUUUUUCUCAAUUUAUCUAUAAAUUGUCUUAUUGAGAAGGUUUGCAUGUUUAGGUUUCCACUAUAUUAAAUUUUCAAAAAUUUUUUUUUUUUUUUUCAAAAUUUUUUCUGUCGUUGUAUCCGCGAUGAUUUAUCGUUGUCAAAAAAAAUUCCUCAAUUUUUUUUUACCGCUGACAUGUGUAUAAGAAACGUAAAUCCGACCGAGCAACUUCCACGUAGUACGCUUUGGGUAAUGCUAAUGCCGGCGGUAAAAAAAAAUUGAGGAAUUUUUUUUGACAAUGAUAAAUCAUUGCGGAUACAACGAAAGAAAAAAUUUUGAAAAAAAAAAAUUUGACUUGAGGCUACAAUUUGCUUUUUUUUAAUUUUUUUCUACGACCAUUUUUCACCGAGUUACAGCAUGUUGAAAAUCACCCAAAAAUUUCGAAUUUUUUUUCUAUCUCUUAAUUUUUGGGACCAGUGUAAUGAUAUUAUAUGAGUUA